AAACAGUAUGGCGGCAGAUGCAGAACUGUGGCCGUAAUUGAUUUAUAUCUUGAGUGAAACCACCUCAUCGUUCUGAAAUCUGAUAAGAUGUCAUGUAGAAUGAAAGAUCGGAUACUUAUGGUUUUGAGUACAUUGACAUAAUGGAGAGUGCAAGAAAACCACAGCUGAGUGAUCUCCGACAGAAACGAUUGGCGUAUUUUGAUCAAAAAUAUGCCCCGAGCCCUCCCACAGAGCCUAAACCAAGUAGCAAUGUCAAUCUGGCAUCAACACAGAUAUCAAAUGGGUCGACACAACGAGGUGGGAAGAAGACCUCUGGAUACUAUGGUGAUGCAACCUACAACAAGACUGGUGCCAUUCCGAAAUCAUACAAGAAAGGUCAGCGAGGGGUUGAUUCCACAACUUCAAACUCGGUAGAGAAUAGUGGUGGAUACAGUUAUCAAGUGGUCGCUGCGAAGAAGAAAUCCACCAAUCAGCAAUUGAGUGCUCAGGAUUUUGAGAUACACACGCCAAAUGAUGUCGAUGAACUUUUCCAGUCUAACCGAGGAAGACCUAGAAAGGCAAGUCAGGUUCCAGAAGAGAAAACGGAGAAAGUUCAUCCGUCAGAGCCAAUUCGUGGCAAUGUUCUUGAUGCAGCUUCUGUGGAUUAUGAACGUCGGCUUAUGGAGCAUCUUCAAAGACCUGAUCGUCAGAAUGUAAACACUCACAUAAGAACUGCACAGAUACGUUCGGGUGAUAGCAGAGGAGAUGAUAUGCCGCAGAGAAAUAAUCAUCUUGUUCCCAGGAAGAAGCAUCUGAAGAAAUUCCUGUUUAGACAAGAUGAAGAUACCUCACCUGCUCUCAAGGCAGCAGCUGAACAUGAUGCUCUCUACGCCCAGAACAUACUGAAUCAGAUGGGUCAUGUACGGAAACUACGAGCUCAGGUGCAUGGAGAACUCAUGUCUGGCUUCUCAGAACAGGAGUUUGGAUUGAACCCUGUGAGUUCGAAGGCCGAAUCUUUAGAGCAAGAUUUAUCACGUGAAGAUCCUGUCUCCUCAAUUCAAGUUGGAUCAUCUCAAAUGGAUGGAGGUCUGCAGAAUCGUUCAAUCAAAGAUCUUCAAGAACCCACCAGUGUGUCUGUUUAUUCGUUGCAAGCAGAUUCACACCGUGUUACAAAAACUUUGUCACCACCGCCAUCAAACUCAACUGUGUAUUUGCAGGAGGAAGACAGUGGUACUGGUGGCACCAGUGAUCAAGACAAAGGUUCAGGCAGUGAAAACUUGGAUAAUGAUAUGACCUUUGACCUUGGGGCAUUACAGGAUGCAGCCAAACAAGGGGAUGACAUCUUGAGGAAGUACAUUCAGAGUCUGAGCAAAAACAUCAAGAAGAAGAAAUUAAAUGAGUCUAUCGGAGAGACCACUGGAAACGCAUUCAAGCCAGACCCACAUGAAAUAGAUGGUCCGAAACCAGACGAAGUGCAGGAUUUAGACAGAGAGCUAUCAUCUCAUCCUAGACAUCCUAAGAAGUUUCUGAAUACUGACUUGAGACCUGAGCAGGAGACGAGCAUCCCUCAGACAUCUGAAUCAAACACUGUGCCACGAACGAGAAAUCUGGAAAGACAGCAUAGACCCAAAGUGUCGCAACCUAGUGUCACCUCAACAGAGUUACAGAGUCUAGGACUAUUUCAAGACCUUCAAGAUAUGAAGCAUAACUCCCAAGACCCAGGUCAUGAUACCACAAAGCUGCACACCCAGCUUAAAUCAGGCCCUAAUCAGCCAAGACGUCUGGAUGGGAUGGUUGAAGACAGUACUGAGGAUGAAGAUUUUGGCUUGAGCACACACCGACCCAUGGAGAGACCGUUGUCUCCUCUGAAGCAGGUUUACGUGAACCGCAAAGAGAGGCACCUUGAAGGCUCCGAAGAUGAUUCAACCGAUCCUGUAAAAAGACAUCAGAAUAAUACUGAGAACAAUCAGAGUGACUUAAGUGACGCUGGACUGUCUUUGCAAAAAGAUGAUGCAGUACCUGAAAAAGACCAUACAUCUCAGACAGGCAACGUUUUUCAUACAUUUUUGGAGCCUGAGGUUGAUAACACUCUGUUCCGACAUCACAGUUUAGAAAACUUCACAAGCAGCACUGACCAAAGUGGAGAUGAAAGAUUGAGAAAACAACCUCCAAGUUAUGAGAAGUUGUUCUCCAACCCAACAGGAUUAAGCUCAGACUCAAUCCCUUUCCCUCACCCAUCGGGGACUGAGAUUGGAAACUUUGUGUGCCCAGAGCAGAGCACAGACUCUGACCAGGAUGCUCACAAGAAUCUUGCAAGAACCUCUCAGCUUAUUCCUAUUCCACCACAGCAGGAGAAGACGGGCAGUACCAGCUUCAAGCGACACAAACCUGCAGCCCAGAAGUCCGCAAGGAAUAAAAGUCCAAGGCGACCAAAGACCCCAGAGAGGCAUGUAGAGGGUGUCAGGGAGCACCAUGAACGGGAGAGAGAAACUCGCAGACAGCUGUCGGCUCGCAAAAGUCAGAAGAAAUCUCUCGAGCAGGAAACUGGAAACCUUGCAAAAUCUUCAACGGAUGAAGAUCCUGCUCUUCGGCAUCCUCAUCCUCCUGAAGACAGAUUCAAUUCUGAAGAUGUCUUAAAAGUAGAGAACCUGUUUGAGUCCUCCAGUUGGAAAGAAUCAUGGCAGCAGCUCAAUUUAGGACCCUCCGGAGAUGCUAAAAAUCACAAUGAACAAAAUCAAACAGGAAAAAUGUGUCCAAGGUGCACCAAUUUCAGUGUGAACAGUCAAUCGGAGUGUGAAGCUUGCGGCACAGUCAUCCAUAAUGAAUCUGUUAAUCCAGUAGACUCUGUGAUUCCAUCAUUUGAUUCCCAUUUCAAGGAUGUGUCUUCAGGCGGAGCUGCCACCGCCAGAACCCAUCUGACAACAGGAAGUGCUUGGGAUAUUGAAAUCUCAGCUCCGACUCAAGAGAACAAAUUUCCAAGAAUAACAGCAGACGAUGAGUCAACUGUGAUGGGGAAGAUAGCCAACUUUGUUCCCAAACUGACCGAUGGAGGAGGAGAUGUCGGUGGAUCUAAGAAAUCCAGAGGGCCUGUUUCGUCAAAUGAGACGGGUGCUGGAGAUGCCAGUCAUGUAUUUGGAGAUCUUCCCAACAGAGUGGAUGCAUGGUUGGCAGCUAACGAGACCAGCAGACGCUCUGAUGCUUCCGCAAAUCUCGACCCCACUGGACAAUCUGCAAAUCAUAAGAUUCGGAUCCCAGACCAACUGCGACAGUCUAGCGACGAGGAGGAAGCAGAGCACAAAGUGACCUUUGAACUUUCACCCCAAGUUGACCUCGGUAACCAACACUUGCAUCAGAAUGGUCAUGCUCCUGGCUUGGACGAUCGCCUGGGGAAAAAAAUCAAGCCCCGCCCAAGUAGUGCUGGGCCGCAGCAAAGCAGACAGGAGGCAACAAGACCAAAAGGUUCCGUGUCAAAGAGCAGGACCGGUCAAUUGAUUGACCAGCCGAUGUACAACCGCAGAUGGGCAACGUCAAGCUCAACAUGGGGUACCAGACGCUCAGUUGGAGGUCAGAGGUCAACACUCAUAGACUCCAUUCCAGCAUCAAAUUCACCGACGAUGCAAAGAAAGAGGCCGUCGUCUGCAAAACAUGAUGUGCCACUGCACAAGAGUGAGGCUGAACCGAGGGUCAGGGGUCAGAGGCCGCGACCUCAAUCAGCGAACUGGAAAUCCAGAGAGUCAAAAGAUUUGGGCAACAGCAAGAAAAGGAGUGGGAAUCUGAAGGAUGAAUUCUUGACUGUAAACACAGCUCAAAUUGAAGAGGGUCUCGCUUCCAGAGCACUGCAUGCCAGUCAUAGCAUGCUACCUCUCACCUUGCAACUCAUCUGUGAUAGUCCCCGAGGUGGUGACGAUGUGUCAAUAUGGGAGCUCCUACCUGAUGAGAUUCUCCUUCACGUCUUUCGUUACCUGAGCUACAAAGAUCUCAUCAAGUGUGCUGCAAGUUGCUCAAGGUUUCAUCGUAUCGCAAUGGACGACUCAUUGUGGAGGACAAUCAAGCUUCACAAGAGGCAAGUGAGCGACUUUUCCUUGACUCAGAUAGGUGAGAGGCAUCCUACGAGUCUGUCCCUCACUCAAUGCUAUGGCAACAUCGUCACAGAGAAUGGACUGAGAAAUCUCUUCCGUUGCUGCGCUGAUACACUCCAGGAACUCAAUGUGAGUGGAUGCACAGGCGGGGAUCUGACAGGUGAUUCGUUGCUGCUACACGCCAGCAGGUGUAAUCACCUGACAUCAUUGGAUGCCAGCUGGAGCCAGGCUACAGACAAUGGACUAUCAGCCAUCAGCGACAGCUGUCAAAGGUUGACGUCGUUGUGUCUCAACGGAUGCCAGUCAGUUUCUGAUGAAUGCCUGAAUCGUGUCAUCAAGAAGCAUGGCAGAAGUCUGCGUGUGUUGGAAGUCUUGGGGUGUGUGCAGCUUUCUCCUGAGACACUUCAGUUGAUUGGCCAAGAAUGCCGUAAUCUUCACACUCUGAACAUUGGCCAGUGCUACAAGGUCACAGAUGAGUGUAUCAGUCAACUCGUCAGCCAUCUCAGGAACUUGAAGCACCUUGACAUGCGUGGCUGCAAACAGAUUCGAGAUAGCUGUGUGAGGAAGAUUGUGAGAAACUGCAAGCGUCUUCAGACUCUGGUCUUGGCAAACUGCACUCACAUCACCAACGCAGCGAUGGUUGAAAUCGCUACCUACCUUCCAACAAUCAGGUCUCUUGAUGUGUCUGGCUGCAAGAAAGUCAACAACGAGGGCGUUCGUUCCUUAGCAACCUGUUGCCAUUAUCUGACCUCUCUAGAUGUCAGCUCAACGGGCGUUGAUAACAAAAGUGUUUCCGCCUUGGCUAAUUACUGCAACAAGACACUGGUUUCUGUGCGUUUCAAUUGCUGCAAAGACAUCACUGAAACGGCCAUUGUGAAACUGCUGAAGAAUUGCAAAAAACUGGAGACUUUGCAUCUGUAUGGGGUGAAGGGUCUACGUAACCUAGGCGUGUUGAAGCUACAGUAUCCUUGCCUGUGGUUUGAGUAACGAGCAGGCCUCGAGUUAUGUGUGUUUGUGUAACAACAUAUCUAUGUGUACGUGUUCUACAUAACCCCCGAGGACCGACACACAAAGGGAGAACAACAGAUCCUUUCAGUCCUCGGGAGUUGGGUCUUCUGUUGGAAACGGUCCUCUGUAGUAAGUUUGUGUGCUUAGUCUAUGGGAGAGUCAAAUUAGGUUUUGCCUUUCACCGACCAAUGGGAGAGUGUUGUAUUCAUUACAAAGGGAUAUUUGUGCACGGAGCCAUAUGGACUGGUCAAGUGGCUUUUUUUACCAUGAGAGAACUUUCUGUUUUUCUUCUUCUUUUUCAUUUUACUUCUUGAAAAAAAAAAGAACUGUUUUAGAUAUUUGCCCUUAAGAAGACAAGCUUUGAAAAAUGUGCCUUAGCCAAGUGAUUGAUAUGCAAAUGAGGUGUAAAUAUUAAAAACAAAUCAAGUUUAGUUCAAAACGUGGGAAGUAUUUUUUCAUGUCACAUUUUAUGGAAUCAAGUGUUAACCAAGCAAGUCAAUUGGUGUAAUGAUAUUUUCAGUGCCUUUACUCAAAGUUUGGAACUGAUCAUGCAAUUUUAUUUUAUGUAACAGCGCCCUCUAUUGAUGAAAGAACAUUGUGUAAAACAUCAAUGCUGUGUUGUCAACUCGAUAACACAAUUGCUGCAAUUUAAAAAAAAAACAACUAAAUCUCAUGUUUCCAAAUUUAGAUUUUGGAAAGAGUGUGCACAAAUUUCCCGCAGUUUUUAAUAUUAAAUGACAUCUCUGGGCAAGAUAAAUGGACGAAGUAAUGGACAAUGUGAUAUACUACAUAUCUGCCUGUGGCUAAGUGCAUAUCAUCAUCCAAGCAUUAUUGAUGUAUACAUUGUAGUACAUUGUAUACACAUGUUCAUGUAUUAAUGGCUUAAACACAUUUCAAAGGCAAUUUGUUUCCAAGCAAUGAUAACCAGAGCUGAAUUAUUUGUGCAAUAAAGAUAAGUGUUUUUACACCUGCAUUG